AUGCCUAUCGAAUACGACUCUGAUUCGACAGAGGGGGAGUACACGGAGACGAGCGUGCUCUUGGGAUAUGCCUCGAGGGAUGCCGAUGAGGACAUCAUCAGCAAACUGGGCGGUCGUCCGGAUUGGAUCGAGAGCAACCAAGCACCUUCAGCAGCGUUGGCGCGAUGCAGAGGAUGCCAGGAGCUGAUGGCGCUGCUGCUGCAGCUCAACGGCGAGCUGCCAGAACGAUUCCCCGGCCACGAGCGGCGCCUCUACGUCUUCGCUUGCCGCAAAAGCUCUUGUCGGCGCAAAGAAGGUAGUAUUCGCGUCUUGCGGGCUGUGCGGGUGUGGGAAGACGAAGUGCCUGCGCCGAAGGGGACGGCGAUGGAUGUGGAUGAGAGUGCAGUGCAGCACGAGAAAUCGAAACCUACAACGAGCGCCGCAUCGGCGUCGGGACUCGGAGAAUCGCUGUUCGGAGCAAAGACCUGGGGAGGCGGCGCCAGUGGCGGAAACCCCUUUGCCAGCAAUACCGACUCAUCCAAUGCGUCCUCCGGCCUGUCCUCCGGCUCAGCGAACCCAUUUAGUUCUGCCUCGUCUCACUCCUCGGCCGCCGCUCCCGAGCAGAGCACCAAGGAGGCGCCCUCGGUACGGUCAACCGCGACUCUGUCAAAGACUUUUGCCGAAUCCCUCUCCCUCAACGCUCCCGCCGGCCAAACAUGGCCCCAGCCGUCGCCCAUUCCAAGCGAAUCCUGGCCAGACAGCGACUCCCUGCCUCGACCGUACCCGACGCUCUACCUUUCCGAGGCCGACUACGAAACGCUGGACCAAACGCCGGAAAAGACGCCGGCCAAUGUGCGCAUCGAAGACGCCGACGCCGAGGAGCCGUCCAUCCUCGACCGUGAGGCCUUUGAGUCAUCCAUGGAUGCCACCUUCCAAAAGUUCGCCGACCGUCUCGCUCAGAAUCCGGACCAGGUGAUCCGCUACGAGUUCGCCGGCACGCCUCUCCUCUACUCCAAGACGGACGCCGUCGCCGACAAGUUUGCCAAGGGCACCCUUCCUGGUUGCGGCAACUGCGGCGCCAGGAGGACGUUCGAGGUGCAGCUGACACCUAAUGCCAUCGCCGAGCUCGAGGCCGACGAGAUGGAUUUGGAGGGAAUGGAGUGGGGGACUGUCAUCGUCGGCGUCUGUGAGAAGGAUUGUGCGCCGAGGCAAGCAGCGAAGGGUGUGGCAGGAUACCUCGAGGAGUGGGUGGGUGUCCAAUGGGAGGAGCUGUCCAAGGAAUAA